AUGUUAGAAACGGAAGAAGUUGAUGAUGAUUUCUUCACUCCAAUAGCUGGUGCUUCUUUGGCCAACAUAUUUGGAAGUGCCGCAAAAUUCAAUGAAGAAAAAUCAAAUGACUCAUUAAAGUAUGUACCCCCUAAGCCUCAAAACAUUCCGCCGAAACAAGAGCAAACUAAAAGCACUGAAUGUAUAUUUGCAUGUGCUCUUAUUGGACAUGAAUGGUUCAAUAAUAUUUACACAUCAAGAGGAAAAAUAGGUUUUGCUAUUGUUAAGAUUCAAAAGACUGCCAUCCACAAUAUUGUGCUUUAUGACUCUAAUAAGACUACCUUGUCCUGUACCACAGUAUCAAGUAAUUUAGAGAUUACUAUAAAAAACAAUACAUACAUCUCAUAUUAUGAUAAUCUGAAAAAGUACUGGAGCAUUUAUGGUACAAAAGAUGAGGUUAACAAAAUUGCAGAACAUUUGUCUAAAUUGGAUGUCAAGAUUCAAUAUUCUUCUUAUACAGAACAAGGCCCACCAGAACCAGCUAAACUAGAUACUAAAACAGAUGCUGCAUCAGAACAAAGUGAGAAAAUUGAUAAAGGGAGUGAUACUGACUCUUCUAUAAACAGAAAAACAAAAGCUUCCAUUUUGAACAGAAUGGCGAACAUGGGUCAUUCAGUGCUGCCAACUAGAACUGUCUCUCUGGAAAGGACCAGUGACUCAUCAGACACAAUGGAAACUGAGAUUCCACCAAAGCAUGUCAGACAUAAACCAAUUAAAAGUGUAAUGAAAAAGAGUAAUAUAGAAAAUGUAACAGAGGCACAACUAGUAAGUGAAACACACCAGAGAACAAUGGUGCCAAAAACUGAGUCAGUUGCUAACAUUCCAUUUUACCCAUCUUCUGGAAGCCAAUUAAUACCUAUUUCAAGCACAAAUAUCAUUACAGGACCUAAUGCAGACUUUGGCAUGUUUAUGUCUGAACAAAGGAUAAGCAAUAGUGAGUUAAGAAUAAAUAUGAAUAGGAUAACUGACAAAGUUGACUCUGUCUUAGACAAAAUUAACAAAUUCGAACAAAGAGAAAACUCUAAUAUUCAAACAGAUAUAUUAAUGAAAUUACUCUCAGAGUAUGAAAAUAAAAUUAAAGUUUAUGAAGAAUUACUUAAGUCUAAAAAUGUAAAUAAUGCUGAAAAUGUGACGACUUCAAAUCUUAGCCAGAAUGAUAAUCAAAUAGAAAUUUUAACAAAGAAAACAUCAGAAUUGGAAAAGAUAAACCUAAACCAAACCAAUGAAAUAACACAUCUGCAAGAUGAAAUGAUACUCUUGAAGUCACAAUAUGCUGAACAAAAUGUUAAACAUGAUAAUAAUGAAGGUGCGCUUCACCAAAAAAUUAAGAAUUUAGAAAGCAGUUUACAAGCAAAAGAUGAUGAAUUAAAAGAAAUUCGUGAAAAAUUGGGUAAUAAAACAAAUGACAUAGAAGAUAAUAUUGAGGACAAAGUUAAAAAUAUUAUGAAUGUAACAUUUCAAACAGUUUCCUCGAAAUUUGAUAAUAAUGAAGUUUAUUCGGGAAUUCUAGUCAAACAAAUCAUUGGAGCAAUAAUUAAAAAAAUUACUAUACAAACAUUAAGAGAAUUAUAA